AAUGAUAAAGCAUACGCUCGCGUGUAUUUCAGCGGGAAAUGAGUAAUUUAAAUUCAAAUUUCCAUAAAGGAAACUCAUAUCGUUAUGAUUUAGUUUCAUAAAUGAUGAAUUAACUUUUAUGAAAGAAUUAUACGUUUGCGAAGUCAACUCUCGAUCAGGCCCUGUUCAUAUUGCACAGUACAAUAUUUUUUGCCGAAUACAAAUCUAAUUUUUAUAAAGUAAUAUGACAUAAAUUAAAAGUGCAACGACGAUAUAUAAUUUAAGUGACAGUUUGCAGUCAGUGAAGUAUUAGUGACAGUUGAUGUCAAAAAUAAACAGUAGCAGUAUUCUUUGUUGUGCUGGAAAGAGGUAGUGAAUUUAGUAUGAUACUACAAGUAUAACUUUUGCUGGAAUUCACCUUAUUUAAUGCAUGGCCAACACGUAAACCAAAAUGGAUACAAAUAAACUCCCACCAAAGUUACAACGCUCAAAUUCGUAUUUAGUAAGUAUUUCAGACAACGAAGAUGGGUUAAGCCAAAUAUCUGGUUCUCCUCGUCAACUCAGCAUCUCAACUAUAGAUGGGAUUGGGAAAAAGCACCAAAGCACGAACGGAACUUGUCCUUCAGUCGCUAGUGACACAACUAAUAAGUCAACUGAAGUAUUAAUGGAAGCUCUCCGAAUGGAAGAGGAACAAAAUGCUCCGACCAAGUCUCGAGGAGCCUGGGAUAGCAAAUUUCAAUAUAUGUUAGCAGUCAUUGGCUAUGCAGUUGGAUUAGGGAACGUCUGGCGUUUCCCUUACCUGGUUCAGAAAAAUGGCGGAGGUGCAUUUUUAAUACCAUACACCUUGAUGCUUGCUAUAGAAGGUAUUCCGAUAUUUUUUUUGGAACUUGCAUUAGGACAACGAAUGCGGAAAGGGGCUAUCGGUGCUUGGAAUCAAAUAAGUCCAUUCAUGGGCGGUAUUGGAAUAUGCUGUGCAAUAGUUUCCUUCAUCGUUGGACUCUAUUAUAACACGAUCAUUGCUUGGUGCCUUUACUAUCUGGUCCUCAGUUUUAGAAGCAAUUUACCAUGGGAGAAAUGCCCUACCGUACAAGUUGGAAAAUACAAGAAUGAAAGCCGUUUAGUUGAAGAAUGCAGAAGAAGCGGGCCUACAGCUUACUUCUGGUACCGAGAGACUCUAAAUAUCUCAGACUCGGUCGACAAAUCUGGUGUGAUGAGUUGGUGGAUUUUGGUUUGUUUAGUUUUUGCAUGGCUUUUGGUCUUCAUUUGCAUUGUCAAAGGAAUUAAAUCAUCGGGAAAGGUUGUCUACGUAACUGCCAUCUUUCCGUACAUAGUUCUUAUAAUUUUUUUCUUCCGAGGAGUAACUCUUCCUGGUUUCCAGAAUGGUCUCUACCACUUAUUUGUCCCAGAGUUUUCCCGGUUGUCAGAUCCUCAAGUGUGGGUAGAUGCGGCGAGCCAGAUUUUCUAUUCACUCGGUUUGGGAUUUGGAAGUCUCAUUGCUUUGUCUUCGUACAACCCAACAAGAAAUAAUUGUCAUAGAGAUGCAAUAUUUAUUGCCUUAACAAAUUGUUGUACAUCUGUCUUUGCUGGGAUCGUUGUAUUCAGUAUAUUAGGUUUUAAGGCCACUAAACGUUUAGAAUUAUGCCAAGAAAUUCGUGACCACGAGUUAAUGGCAUUAUUCAAUGACACAAAUGUGAUUCCACCACCUGCUGGAACACUUGUUAAUAUUAGCUCCUCACCAAAUGGAGAAGUUACUUCAGUAGUGAUGCCUAAUAUUACUACUUGCAGUUUUAAAGAAGAAAUUUUAAAGUCAGCAUCUGGUACAGGUUUAACAUUUAUUGCUUUCACGGAAGCUAUAAAUCAAUUUUCUGUACCGCCAAUAUGGUCAAUUCUGUUUUUCCUUAUGUUACUGACCAUUGGACUUGACAGUAUGUUUGCAACGCUUGAAGGAGUAGUAACUCCGAUUCUUGACUUGGAUAUUAUUCCUGAUCUCCGUAAAUAUCCUCCUAUGUUAUCGGCUUGUCUCUGCCUGAGUUCUUUUCUGCUGUCAUUUGUAUUUGCCAAUCAAGCUGGACCUUAUAUAUUUGUGUUGUUUGAUGAGUACGUUUCUGGACUUCCGUUACUGAUCAUAGUAUUUGCAGAAAUCAUUACGAUCUCUUAUAUAUAUGGCUUAUACAGGUUCAGUAAUGACAUCGAACUUAUGACGGGUCAUAGACCAAAUUAUUAUUUGAUGUUUUGUUGGAAAUUCAUUUGUCCUGCAAUUAUUAUUUUUCUUAUUGUUAUUCUUAUUAUCAAUCUUACUACUGAUGAGAAAGAGUACGAUGUCUGGCACAGAGAGACGGGGAGUCUAUCGAAAUCAAUUUGGCCAGGCUGGUGCUUAUUCGUGGCAGCACUCAUAAUUAUUCUUUCCAUUUUGGGGAUUCCGCUAAUUGCCUUGAUCCGUUGGUUAAAGCCAUCUAGUUGGCGUGAAGAAGUACCGGCUUAUUUUCCUCGUGAAUUAAUACAGUUGGAGCGCAAAUUAACGACAUAUAUCCCUAAAGAAUGGGAAAAGAAAAUUCUUUUUAGGUUUGAAAAACAUUUACCGACCACCGAGUCAGAAUUCACUAAUAAAAACAAAUCGCAAAUGGAUUUAGUAUUUAUAUAAAAUGCAAGUAUAAUUAGUUUUAAAACUCUAUUGUGUUCGGUAGGUUGAAUCAGGGAAAACAAUUGAUGGAUAUUUUAUGAUGUACAUUGACCUUAUUAGGCUUUUCUUUGUUUUAGAUUACUGAGUUCAUUCCUAUACAAUCUCUAAAGUUUAUGAGAUGUUUUACUCAUUUCUGUCAUUGAUAACGUCUUCUGAAACGAAUAGCGCUUUGUGAUAUUUCAACAUUAUUUUGGAUAAUAAAUCGAUACUGUAUUCAGAACAAAUAAUUUUAUACUUUUCUGAUAAAUAUUCUACCAAAUUGGGACUGAUCUUAAGCACAGUCUCAAUAUUUUAUCAACAUCAAUCUAUUUCUAUUGUUGAGAUAUUUAUAUGCCAUGUAACAAAAUGUAAGAAAACCGUUUUAUUUUGAUAUUAAAUACAUUAAUUUCUAUCA